AAAGUAAAACAUGAUGAUCUAUCAGCAGGCUAUCACCCAUCAGCAUGUAUAGAAUUGAGCCGUGGUGAAUAAAUCACUCUGAAGUAAGGACUCUCUGUCUGACAUAGCCGGCCUCUGAUUCAACAUUCUCCUUGCCCAAGUAAACCGAGCAUCUUCGUUUACCACGCAGUCACUCACGAUUGCCUGCCGAAUCACGAUCUCCAGGUCUGCCAUUUCUUGUACGCCUGGUCGGUGACUUCAUUGUCCGUCCGCUCGUGAGGAAAGAGUAUAUUUCCGAAUCAUCAAGUCACUCUCGAUGCUGCCGAAUCCCAAGACAGCAACUCCACUGCUGAAGACAGAUCCCAUAUUGGGGGCCCAAGAAUUCGGGGAUCGUCGGACGCGCCAAGAUUGAACGGAGGCAGAAGAAUGUGACAGGAAAGUCUACACCAGAUUCCAGUGCUGAAGUCCUCCGUUUGCACCAUUACACAAAGGACGAUCACAGGCUUCGUGAAGUACAUUAAACAGGCUGUUGGAAGACGCCUACCGACGGUGGAGAGCGAUCAGCAGUUAAUCAUUUAGUCAAUGUGGACGACAUCCAGAUUCCAGAGUGUACAUCCCUCCCUGGAAACAGCAGCACGGACGUCGACUGCCGUACCGUUGUAGGCCCCAGGUCAAGCGAAGGCGAGAAGAUUUGGAUGCUGCGGCAGCUGAUAGAUGGCAUGAUCUGAGCUGCUGGAUCGAGGGGGCAAUCGUUCAUGUGGAAACGGGGUGAGACAGGCCCGCCGGUGAAUUUGGCAGAGGAGCAAGAAAGUCUUCUAGGUGACAUGCAGAGAUGGUAUUCAGAAGGACAUCAUGAUCCCCGCCGUGCUGGUAGUGAUGUCCAUGUUCUACCUGAUCAAUUCACCGACGUAGUUCCAGCGCUACCAGUGUACAAAGUGAAACAGAAAGCGAGCACGUUGGGUGCCUGCUUGUAUAGCAUACUACUCGCAUUUUACGUGCUACUCCUUCUAGCUUCGUCGCUUUUCCGAAUUCUUCCGCAAGACAAACUACUGCUACCUAUCACAUGCAGCUGUAACGCUCUGUUUCUGGCCAUUACAGGUGUACUGCAGAGACAUUUGAUUGCUGAACAACAGAAGGAACAAAGAGAGGGAUACCUCCGCUUCAGCAAGCGUCUCGAAUGGAUAAUUCAAUUGCCUUUUGCCGUUUUUGCAUUCGGAACGGCUGGACUGCUUUUAGUGGUGGUAUGGCAACCGAUAGAGAGCCAACAGUGGGUUACUUCCUUGUUUCUUGUGAGGGUUCUCGUUCUGGUGGAGAUAGUUCUGACCUUCAUAUUGAUCGGAACUUAUCUUCGCAAGGUGAAGAGGCAUCACGCAGUAGAGAGGCAUCCUGACGUGAUGAACUCGCUUUAUUCAGCGCUAAAUCCUCCUGCUUCUCUUCAUAAUGCAAGGCACAACGAUGGGGGACUGGCAGAGCAACAAGCAGUGCUUCUCCACUACCAGCAGGACAAUUUGCGUUAUCUCAGUGAGGAGAUCUUGAGACUGCAAGAGACCUUGAGCAAGUUUGAUCGAUCUCAGGAUGGUACCACUCCCCAGGUGGAUGUCGUGCAUCUGUUGGCAGCACGCGAGCAGGAACUUCGAGCUGUUACUGCAGAGCGCGAUCAACUGCUUGCUGAAUUACGGUUGGCCAGAACUCUAAUUUCAGAGCGAGACGAAGACAUCUUGCGUGUUAGAACUAUCAACGAUCAGUAUGUUGAGGAGAAUCAGCGUGUGAGAGCUAUGCUGGAUGAGUGGAGUUCACGAACAGCCAAGCUGGAGAUAGCUCUUGAAGCAGAGCGGCUUGCAAAUGCAGAUCUUCACAAGAGUAUAUAUGAGCAGUUGAAUCUGGAGCUGGAAGCCAGCGUGGAGUUUGUUUCUAUGAUGGAAGGUGCCCAUGAGUCCGAAAGUUCAGUCCUGGACUCCUAGACUCGUCGAGCGCGAUCCCUAUUGUAUAUGUAUACGCUGCGGAAGGGUAUUGAAAGGGAUUGUAAGAUGCGACUGCAUAAGUGGAGCACCUUGACAUUUGUAGCCAGGGGACUAAGCAGGUUCCGUCCUGACAAUGGAACCAUUUAAACCCCCCAUUCAGAUCUGCAGUACAAGUAUGCUGACCAGAACGAGGUCAGAACUUCUGACAGUAUAUUUUGCUAACUUGCCGACCUGCCCAUUCACUCAAAAUUUUGAAAAGGCUGAUAGUUUGUAGUGCGUUGUAAAGUUUAUACCUCAAGUAAUGCUGAAGUCUCACGAACAAUUAAAUCAGUUGUGAAAACAAUUGC